ACGGGCCAGCGCGAGCGACUUCAAUAGACGCUGCAGGGGCAGUGGGAGUGCGUUUGACAAAAAGCAAGACUACGGUUAAAUCUUACUGCUCACUUAGCUAAACUCACGUGCUGCAGUUUGCGUAGCGGUAUGGUUGUACUUGUGCGAUAAGCUUCGGUUUCUGACGAAGUUUCGGUGCGCGGCCGUCUGUCUGUGUGCUGUGUCGUUGUUCACCACCAUGUUAUCGUUAUCAGCGAGGUUCGCGGCCUCCUCCUGCGCCCGCGUGUCCAGGGCCGCGUGCGGCGGCCAGCGCGCGAGCCUGGGCUCCUUCCAUAGCAGCGCCUCGUGCACCGCUCCCAGAGUGGCCGUAGUCCUGUCUGGCUGUGGAGUGUAUGAUGGGACUGAAAUUCACGAGGCAUCGGCUGUUCUUGUGCACCUGAGCCGGGGAGAGGCCCAGGUGCAGAUGUUUGCGCCCAAUAUCAGCCAGAUGCAUGUCAUUGACCACUGCAAGGGUCAGCCUUCGGAGGAGUCCAGGAAUGUUCUGUCGGAGUCUGCGCGCAUCGCUCGCGGCAACAUCAGUGACCUGGCCCAGUUGAAAGUCAGCGACCACGAUGCAGUCAUCUUCCCUGGUGGAUUUGGAGCUGCUAAAAACCUGUCGACGUUUGCGGUGGAUGGGAAGGACUGCAAGGUGAUUGAAGACGUGGAGCGCGUUCUCAAAGACUUCCACAAAGCUGGAAAGCCCAUAGGGCUCUGCUGCAUCUCCCCAGUGCUGGCGGCUAAAGUGCUUCCAGGGGUUGAGGUCACUGUGGGAUAUGAGGAGGAGGCAGGGGGCAGGUGGCCAUAUGCUGGAACUGCAGAAGCCAUCACGUCUCUGGGUGCGAAGCACUGCGUCAAAGAUGUUACCGAAGCUCACGUAGACCAGAAGAACAAGGUGGUGACGUCUCCAGCCUUCAUGUGUGACACCAAGCUACACCUUAUCUUUGACGGCAUUGGCGUCAUGGUGAGAGAUGUGUUGAGGCUAUCUGGGAAGUGAAGAGAGCCCAGGCUGGUAUACCAGUUCGCCCCAUUGACUGCUACUCAUCCACUCUAUACAUCAUGCUCUUUUGGUAUAAGCACUUUCAUUUAUGGCUGAUUUCAGAAUUAGAAUUAUUUCUGUGCUGGAUAAAGUUCUUGAAUGUGCUCAGCAAUAAUUUCUCUUGCAGGUGAGUAGUGAUGUCUUUGGUGGCAUUAUUGAGAAUGUAAAACAGCUGCAUAGUUAAUACAAACAACGCUACUGUAAAAGUGAUGGGAAGUAUAGUGCUAGUUCAAUGAAAUUUGGAUUAUAGGCAAAAUAGUAAGUGUCCAGGAGAGGGCACUCGUAUUCUUUCUCAUUUUAGCCGAUACAAAGGCGUUUGAAUGGUAUGCUUAAAUUCUAAAUAUGAUAAUUUUGACAACUAAAAAAAAAUUCACAGAUGUUUGUUUGUAGCAAAACUAUGUGACAGCAAUCAAUAUGCCAGUGAUCCCACUGAAUAAACUGAUGGUAAAAUUGAAAUAUCAUUAAAGUUUGUAUUUGUGCACAUUAUCUGUCUUGUUUUUUUAAAAAAAAAUUAUGUGGAAUCAUCUUGUGAUAUUUGCUGGGACAAUAAAAUGUUACAGUGCACUUCUUUGUGCGUUUGGAGACAGGCUCAGGGGCACUGCAGAGUUUGGAAGCGGCUAUAUUCUACAGUGGGAUUGAAAUGGGUGCUCAGUGUGGGAGUCUCAGGCUGCAGCCCAGACAGGCCGAAUCUCGGAUCCAUUUGGUGUGAAGCCAGAUUCAUUACAGAUAGAGAUGGUGCUGGGGGUUUCAAGUAGGCGCUUGGUGAGAUUUGCCCGUGUAGUUUUCAAAGGACUAAAGGAGCGAAAGGCCAGGCAUGGGAUGGGGAGCCGAAAGUUUUCCCUGGGGUGAAUUUGUGUCUCUGCUGACCUGCCGCAUGUGGUUGUCCCAGAGUUGCCUGUUGACUUCUCGCUCCACUGUACCUUUU